ACACACACACACACACACACACACACACACCCAAAUACAAGGGUUUCCCCUGUCCCUGCCUCCCGGUGACUCUCUCCUGUGUAUCUGUAAAUAUACAGCAGUACUGCAGUUCACGAACAGUUAUUAAAAUCUGACAGUGGAGGACGUCAUCAUCGUCGUCAUCAUCAUCAUCAUCAUCAUCAUCAGUCUGUCAUUUCAACCACUGUGAUUCAUCAGUGAAGAGGGACCAGACUUGAGGUCCAAGUCAAGGCGAAGACACUAUUUUUAAAUUCUUAAAACAACAGUAAUAACAAUAAUAUAAAUAUACGUUUUCAAUAGAAUGUAAUCAUCAUUUUCAGUACAACAUUUUUUUUUCUGCUUUCGACAUUUUUUGUGGGGGAGUCUUGGGAGAGGAGGGGGGUUAAAAGGCUUUUAAAGAGUUUAAAAUAGAAAUGAUUGAACGACUUGAUUACAACACAAUUAUUGCCUGCAAGAAAAACAGAGUUAGUCUAAAAUGCUACAUGGUUCAUACAGGUUUACUAAUGUCAAAAAUAAGGCUCGGGGGAUCACUCACGGCCCAAUAAAAUACCAGAUCAGGUCAUCCAGUUUACAGGUUCUUUUGGCUAAUGUUAAUUUGAGUAGAUGUUACACAUUAUUAUCAUAACCAACGCUGCCAUUCGCAGGAGUCAUUAUUAUUUUGUCUAUUAGGGUUCAUUUCCACUCCUCUGUGUUUCUUUUUAUAAUAACAAUAUAUUCAUAUCACUGUUUUCCCCCCAGUAGUCGGUGUUCAAUGAGUAAAAGACACUUUUAUUUUAACCUUGCAGAUGAGCAAGGUUAAAAUAAAAGUGUCUUUUCAGAAGGUCUUCUGGUAGAAAAUUUUUAAAAAAUCAGACUCAGAAAGAUGUCUUUAUUUUUUAAAUACAUCAGAUAAUAUAUGUAUGUAAAUAUUAUUAUAUAUUAGAUGAUAGAUAUAUUUGGAUUUCUACAUGUGUUCAGGGGGGGGGGCUGCCGUCGUGUAUCCCGUGUACAGUGGUGCGUGUUGUCGGCGUGUCACUUCCAUCGAUAGUGUCUCAGAGCUGAGCUGAGUUUCCUUUGACUCUUCACCGUCUUUCUUCAACACAAAGACUCAGGCGGUUCGAGUGCCAGCACCACGUUUGCACACUGCGAUGACAAAAAGGUCAAAAUGUUUAUAUUAUUUUUAAAAAGGGGGAGGGGGGGAGGUGCACUUCACCUCCUCACUGUCCGAUUGGUCCAAGUUGACAGUGAUUGACGUGCAUCCAUGGUGACGGCGCAGCCAAUCUGCCAAGUCCAAUAGGAGCCGAUGGCAGGAGGCUGCACUGUCCUUUUUGAUCCUCUCCUUCAAAAAUCCUCCUCAGCUCCGGCUGCGAUUCUUUCCCGUGUCCUAUCCUUGAUAAACGUCGCCGCUCUGGCUUUAUUUUCCGUCGCACCCUCAGCCCUUUGCCAGUUCUGUCCCUCAGUCUGAGGAUGCUUUAGCAUCCACAUCCACAUCCUUCCUCCUCCUCCUCCUCCUCCUCCUUCUCCUUCUUCUUUUUCACCUCCUUCUCCACAGCGGUGGCGGUGUUCUGCGACCGUGUUGUUGGCGGCUGUUCAGAAGGGAACUUUGGAAUUGUCAGGUUUGCUUUUCUUUUUCUUUUUUCUUUCAUUUGUUGGAGAGUGUUUUCGGAUUGGCUUGGCGCGAGGAGGCGAGAGACGUUGGACUCGACGCGCAGGAGAGUAAGAGAGUGUGACCGAGAGAGGGGAGUCAGGAGGAGGAGAGGGGAAGCCAGGAGAAGCAUCCUCCAUGUUUCAGUUGCCCAUCCUAAAUUUCAGCCCCCAGCAGGUGGCCGGGGUCUGUGAGACCCUGGAGGAGAGCGGCGACGUCGAGCGCCUCGGCCGCUUCCUCUGGUCUCUCCCCGUGGCUCCGGCGGCCUGUGAGGUCCUCAACAAGAACGAGUCCGUGCUGAGGGCCCGGGCCGUGGUCGCCUUUCACACCGGCAAUUUCCGCGAACUCUACCACAUCCUGGAGAACCACAAGUUCACCAAAGAGUCGCACACCAAGCUGCAGGCGCUGUGGCUGGAGGCGCACUACCAAGAGGCCGAGAAGCUGCGGGGACGUCCGCUGGGGCCGGUGGACAAGUACCGGGUACGGAAGAAGUUCCCUCUACCCAGAACCAUCUGGGACGGGGAGCAGAAGACCCACUGCUUCAAGGAGAGAACCAGACAUUUGUUGAGAGAGUGGUACUUGCAGGAUCCGUACCCGAAUCCCAGUAAAAAACGGGAGCUGGCCCAGGCGACAGGACUCACACCCACUCAGGUGGGGAACUGGUUCAAAAACCGGAGACAAAGAGACAGAGCAGCGGCUGCGAAGAACAGGCUCCAGCAGCAGGUUCUGUCAGGCGGUUCGGUUCGCUCUCUGGCGGACGAGGACGGCACCGUGGACCGACUGGGGAACUCGUCCAGCCCGGAGGCGAGUCUGUCCAGCAAGGCGGCCGCCUCGGCCAUCUCUAUCACCUCCAGCGACAGUGAAUGUGACAUCUGAGGAGAAAGGAGAAAGAGGAGCAAGAAGAGGAGGAGGAGGAGGAGACGAGUGAAAGACAAUCUGAUAUCAACGAGUCAUAUAGUGCCUGCCAUGAGUCUGACAAACACACACACACACACAAACCCACAGAAAUACACUGAUGCCAAAUCAUGAGGAGAGGUGAUCUGAGAUCUGAUCAGAGACUGUGCGUCCCUUUUUAGGCCCGUACACCUUUGUUUGCGUUUUACCCACGCGUGGAAACGGACGGAGAAUAUUUCACGGACUAACCUUUACAAAAACGCACUGAGAAAAAACAUUGUAAAAAAAAGAAAAGAAAGAAAGCUGAACAUAAAGAAAACAUAAAAAAUGGACGGAGGAAGGCGCCGCCGUUUCUUGUGGGUAUUUCAUGUGGAAAGAAACUGUGAUAUUUUUACUUUACUUUCAAAGUUUUAUAAAUAAUCUUUAUUUGCCUAUUUAAAAAAAAACAAGCAUCUGCUCUGUCUCUUGGAAUUUGAUCAUCUUCAUUUGCUUGGUGUUUUUAAUACUUUACCUUGUACACAGGUGGACCUGUUGAGCAUGCGCGCUUUAGUGAAAAAAAUUGUGUUUGAGUAACAGAAAAAAAAGCAAAUAAAAUAACUUAAUAAAAUAAUUGUUCAUGAUUGCAGUAUAAAUGGUAUUUUUAUAAAUUUUUAUUGUCAUUUGGAGAAAAAAACCCUACCAAUAAGAAUAAAAUUCGAAUCUCAUUAAGUUAAUGUCUUUAUAUCUAAUUUACAUUUUGACUCUAAAUAUAGAAAUAUAAUGUGAACAGAAAAAUGUACAUCAGGUAAAUAUUAAUACAUCCCAGCAGCCGUAGAGGGUCGAGUGAACCCAGGUCCAUCACGAAGCCAACUGUUUACAACGAUAUUCAAACCUAUGGUCAAUUAAAUGUGACUAAUUAAAUUCCUGUAUGUUUUUGCACCACAUAAAGAAAUCAGAAAACCAGUGAUUAAACUGAUGAUGUUCCUGCUGUAAGACAAAAACCACCUGCCCAUCGUUCACUGUAUAGACCCUGUGUAACAUCUUUAAUAAUAUUAAAUAUUGACAGAACAAAACAAAAGAGGCUGAAAGCUUGCUACGCUAAAUAUUAGUUUUAACAUUUAAUAAAAAUGUAAGCCAAUAUAGCUGUGAGUUUGACAACGGAGAAUUACCAAAGAAGAAGAAAAAAAGUUAAGUCAAUUCAAAAUAAAACUGAACAAAGAUGUUACAUUAAUGUUAGGCUUGAAAUAUGUUUAAACACAUAACUAAGACGUUUAAAUCAAUUAAGCUAGCUAGCUAGCAUAAAAUAUCAAUAAAAAAGACGAGUUCACAUAUAACAUAAAAAUUCAGACCGAAAAUUAUUGAAAUUAAUGCAGAAACGUUAGCUACUGGUUAGCUAACAUCGAAACAGCCACAGGACUUCGGACGUUUGGUUUUGUAUUUAGCCAAAUUGCCAAAAUUAGCUUAGCAACUUCUACGAGUAAGAGAGUUAUCCAACGCCAAAGCUCAUUUUUUUUAUCUUAUUUAAAUAUUCAGGGCUGUGGUGUUGUCAUGUUCACACUUUUCUUUUUUGUUUUUUGUUUUGUAAUUCCCUCUCUUCUCACUGUGUGUCGCUAAGAAAUACACGGUCCAUAAUUGGCCAGUGCAGUACGCUUGACGUCCUGUAACGCAGGGUGACAGCGGGAGGUCAGGGAGAGGUCGACUCGCUAACCCGGAUGAUCUGCAGGAGAGGGAUCGUACAGAUCACAACACGGCGGAUUGAGGAAAACGAGCUUUACAUAAUGUAGACAGUCGAGCAAGUGUCCAUUUUCCCAGAAUAUCAUACCGUCGUGUUUACAGUGCGGGCGGCUGCAGCACCGACACUGUGACUGUAGUGUUGGAGGUCAACACUCUGCAGCAGAAACCCGUCCUUUUCCCUCACAGCUUUUGUCCUCCGGCGUCUUCACUUCGCCACCUCUCCAACAACAUCUCUCUUUUCAUCUCCACUACAGCUUGUUGUUGACGGGCCUGAACCAGAACCCGCUGGCUGAUCCUUUCAUUCAUUUUCCAUCAAAAUAUUUCAGUUGCGAGGGCGUCUCUUUGUGCAAAGGCCAUGAAACUGCACCAAAAACAUUCGCUUAAAAUCGCUCUUUGCUCUCAAGGUUAGUGUGUCACAUCCGCCGCGCGUUAUUUCAUGAUUUCAUGUCCAUCAGAGAGGAUUUCUAUUCAAGAAAUAAACAAAUCCCGUGUUGUAUGUGCGGUCCAGUGGUCUGACUGCGUCUUCUUGAUCUGAGAGACUCAAACGCAUGGAAAUGUCGCUCCCUGGUGGUAAAAUAUAUACUACACCAGACGGUUCUGCUCAAAAGGAUCCGUGUAGUAUGUGCACUGUUCAUAUAGUCAUGGACUGGUAUUUUUUUUAUGUCAUAAUACUCCCAAAAAUGUAAACAAAAAUUAAAUCCCUGAAUCAUUUCUUAACACAAAUACACCAACAUCCGGUAUCUAUUUAUUGUUAAAUUAUCCACACGUGAAGUGCAUUAGCCAAUGGCUAAUGAUGGUUAUAAUGUUAGGAAUAAAGGGCUAAUAAAUGUUACAUGCGUAGUUUUAUGGCUUUUUUAAAAAAGUGUUCUGAAUAACCAAAACUUAAUUAUGAAUGUGUGUUAUUGUACAGAUUUUAUGUGAAGGACGGCUCUAUGGAAUAUGUCGUGCUCGUUAAAUACUUACCUG